UGUUUUGAUUGGUCAAAUUUCAAUCUUUCAAUCUUCAAUCUCAAUCUUCAAUGUAUAGUCUGAUUCCGGCUCAACACAUCACACGGUCCUAGACAUGGCGCUGACCAAUCCCGAGGCGAAUCGCUGUCGUCUCGACUCUUAUUAUAGUAACUCUAACCCUAAGUGACUUUAGAUUUCGACGGUAUGGCCUCUCUCAGGUUUCUGUCUGAUGGUACUAUAACCUUUCUAAUCAGUCAGAAAAUCAUACGGAGGGUUUAAGGUAGAAAGAAUCUUCUUUUGGUUUAUUCGGAGGCAGGUGUCAUUUACCUAAAAAAGAAGAUUUGAUUAUAUCAGUUGAUACACAGAAUAGCAAUGUCAGAAGAAAUUUUGAUAAAGGGCUUAAGCCAUGAAAGAGAUAAGAAUGAUCCUACGACGUUGUCGAAAUUAUUUGACAAUGCUUUCGAAAUGUUUAACAAUAUUAAUGCUACUGUAGAACCAACAAACAGUCCGAAAGUACAGUUGGAUAUAAAACGAACAAUGCAUAUGUUUGAGGAUGCAACGAGACUUGUAUCUAUAGUGGAUAUGUUUAGCGAUAACGAAACUUUCGAAGAAGUAGCUACAGAGAAUAUCAAGUAUUUUUUAUUACCGGCUCUAUUGGGCAAGCUUACCAAUCAGUUAUGCAUUAUUGAUGAUAGAAUGCAUUUGGUUAAAGUAGCAGAAGUGUAUUUUGUAGAUUUUUUAAAGCGGCUAAAAGCAUAUGGUCUGGUAACAAAUGUUGAAAUACCAGAAAUUAGUACAGGUGAUGAGAAAAAGGAAGCAGGAGAUAAUGAAAAUACAUCAGAAUCAAGGAUGUUAGAGAAUAUGAUAAUUCGUAGAAAUACAAAGUUACAAAGAUAUCAACAGGAGAAGGAUUUGGAAUCUCGUUUGGAUACUUUAAAGAAGAACUUAGAUAAUCCUAAUAUUGAUGACGAAUUUAAAAGAGAAUAUUUUGUUACUCUUAUAAAAUUAUAUGCAGUUCGAAUCGUUGAUGACUUAAAUUUCUUGAAAAGGGAGAAAGCGAUUUUGGAGAAUAUGAAGGAAAUGAAACCGAUGCAUACUUUGACUUCUGAAAUACAAAAAAAGCAAAAAUCAGCUCCAAAAUUGCAACCCAUUAUCAUUACACGUGAUGAGAUACAAAAGAAAGUUUUUGGAGCAGGCUAUCCAAGUUUACCAGUCUUAACGGUACAAGAGUUUUACGAACAAAAGGUCAAGGAUGGAGAGUGGCCCGAUUCAUCGCAACAUAAUGCAACAAAUUCUCGAUGUUUACAAGAUAUGGCGAAUAAAGGUGUAAGCACAAACAAUGAAAAUAGUGAAACCGUUUUGAAGGAAGAAAAAGAAGAAAAAGACGAUCCCGAAUAUCUCGAACGACUACGUGCAAUGGAUGAAUAUAAAGACACACAUCGUCGUGGGUGGGGUAAUCGUGCUAAUAGAAGUUAAACGUCUGAGAAUAAAAUUGAUAUAAUCCUAUCCUUAGAAUGCUUUCUUAUGUCUUCGUUUAUAAGACUUUAUGUUCUAAUUACAUUUUGUUGAACUAAAGUAAAGUUAGAAUCUGUCUUAAAACAGUAAAAUAAGUAAUGGAAGCAAGAGAUGCAAAUCUUUAUAGCUCCUGGUUGUUUUUCACUACUAUCUCACAAGGGAACGUUCCAAAUUGCAAAAGCGAUAUUAAAAAAUUAACACUACCAGUCGAAAGAUCACGCCAAAUAUUUCAUAUCAAAUUGGGUACAGAAUCUAUAGGAUCCCAAGAUUUGACUAUCUAGAAUAUUUAUUUCAAACGUGAUCUUUCGACUGGUAGCGUUAGUUUUUUUGAUAUCGCUUUUGCAAUUUGGAACGUUCCCUUGUCAGAUUGUGACAUCAAAAGCGAUAAAAUUACAAAUACUUGUAAAAUAUAAUAGAAAUUAAAUAGAAUAAGUAAUAAAUGUAUAGGAGUUUUGGCCAUUAUUC